CACUCAUAUUCUUGAAAGUCUUGAUCUCCUAGAUAAAGUUAGAAAAUAUAAUAUUGAAGAUUUAUUCUCUGAAGAAUUUUCAAAUUCUUUUUCUAUUAAUAUGACACCUGUAUUCAAAUAUGCUCUUGAUAGUUCUAACUUAACCUCAUCUCAAGAAAAUAAGAAAGUUGAUAUAGAUU